AUGCUGUCAAAACUGCUCGCGUCCCUUUACCUCUCUGAGUUCUUGGGAAUUCAAUCUCCUCAAGUGGACCUUCCCGAUCUCCCGAACGAGGUCUGGCUCCAGAUAUUGAACCAUCUCUCUAGCGUCGACCUCGGUCGUUCCAUCACCUGGGUAUCUCACCGUUUCCACGACCUAGCCCAACCGACCCUCCUGCGAGGCCUCACGCUUCAUCCGUACUCUAUCAGUACAGGGACAUCAGAAGCGCCGGUUUUGCUCUAUCCACUGGGAGUGGACGAAAAAUUGGCGCGACUGGAAGCGCGAUCGGCUGCAGGUCCAGCGGCGUACGUGCAGACAUGCACUGUGACGAGCAUAACCGAAAUUUCCGAACGUGAUGGAUGGGACGGUCGGGAUGGGCCCGCGGCCGAUGUGUACAACGCCCUACUGAUUCCCUUCUUCACGCGAUUUCUACCUCGAUUCGCGGCCCUGAGACAGUUGGAGCUAUGCGAGCUUGACUUAACACGCGAGGUGCUCGUUGGUUUGGCGACAGUUGCUGAGUUGGAGCUGCUUACUGUGAUCCGGUGUAGAAUGGGUCGGGAGGGUGGCGGGAUCGACGACCCGCAAGCCUUGUGGCAUACCAUCCGGGCCAGAACAGUCAAGCUACUAUCGACCACCCCGGAUGAUGCCGCCGAACUGACGCUUAUCCACUUCCUUUCGCCCGAAACGAUCGACGUCUUGACCUUCCCGAGAUAUGGAGCUGGGACAGACGCUGUUCUGCGCGCUCUGCCAAGCCCUGGCUUUGGGCAUCUUCGCAAAUUGACGUUGGAGACGUCCACCGUCCCCUUCUGCCAGAUCACCCGAACGGCGCGAUCGUUUCCUGGCCUGACCACGCUCCGGGUUAUCGUAUCCCAGGUCGGCCUCCCGGAGAAUAGCGACCACACCCUUCCUCAACUGAGACACCUGUUCCUCGAGGUUUCUGAGCCGAUCUCGGCGGCGGAUACCAUCUUUGAGAUCCAUCGAUACACCGGGAUCGAAGUCAUGGAGGUCAAGACGAGGCCUGAUUCGUGGCAAAUGGAUGCGCUGGCCAGUGACAUCGCACAACGGCCUUACUCAGAUCUGCCCGCUCUGCACAGCUUCACCGGUCCACUGCACACGGCGCAUUCAUUCGUUUCUCAGCCAAACCUGACGCAUCUGACCACGUAUUGGCCCGACGCGAAUACGGCAUUGGGCCUCAUCAAAUUGCUUCCUGUUGCCUCGAAUUUAACAUUCGUGGAACUAGGUCUCUGGACUGUGGACUUGGAAGUUCUCGUAGCUGUCUUUGAGCGAUGCCCCAUGCUGGAGACGCUCCGGAUCCAUGUUUCGACGCGUUGGGUGUAUCACGAAAGCAAGGCAUCUUGGCCUGCCACUCUGUUCCGCAGCCUCGCGGACGGCGUCAGCUCGCUCGCUCCUCCUCCGACGUUGAAGAACCUCGCCAUCUCGAUCGAAUACAUGAAUGUCCCCUUCGCGUCAUACAUCGACCCUAUGAACCGCAGGGACCUCGACAGGUUCCGCGACCAACUGAGGGAGCGAUGCAGUGGGCUGCAGGUCCUGUUCUGUGACGGAUACGAGUCGCUCUACCAAUGGACCGCCCAACCGGACAGAGUGCAGUGGUUUGAUCGUGCACAUCCGGGGAAUGAGAGUGCUGGUGGGUACCAGUUUGUGUGUUUUGAAGCUAGCUAA